GUGGACCGCAGCCUAUAUCAUAAAAGUAUAAAGGUGCAAUUUCAUUGACGCUAGAAACCAGCGUCAAAUUAAAAUCACUAGACUUUCUCUAGAUUCGGCGUCAAAAGGAAUAAAGUUCAGAUCGUUUCAACUUUUUCAACGUGCCGCGUGUUUUCAAGUGUUUUAUAAUUAACAAUGAACCAUUACGAGAAGUAAGUAAUAUAUUAAUAUUAUAGUAUAUGUAGAAUAUUUUGAUCAUUCUUGUUGUGCAUAAAUAUGCUGUUUUUGGGGGUAUUAAUAAGUCAUGACUCAUGAUAACUACAUUUUUAGGUUAGUUGGAUAUCUGCAAAUAUAUAAAUGAUUAAAAUAACUGUUAUUGACGAAUAGAGCUAUGUUUGGAUUAAUUGAAUAUGUUAAAUAAUUAAUAAUUUUUUUUUAGGAAAUUGCACCGGUGCAGACAUGCGGGAUUUGUGAAACAAUUUGCAAUCUCGCCGAUGUGUCAAACCACAAAUGUCUGGAGGGAUAUGAUUGUUAUGUCGAUGAUAAGACAUUUUAUUUUUACCCGCUUUUAAGUAAAUAUUUUAUUUUCUAUAAGUGCAUUUUAUUUUGUUGUACGUAUAUUUCUAAACUUAAUAUUUUUUUUACAUGUGAUGGAAAAACGUGUCUACGCCGUGUCUACAUUAACGGCGUAGAGGAAAUAGUUGAGGCCGAAGUUGGUGCAACUUUCAGCCCAGAUAUACGUAAGUUAUGGAUUAGUUGGCACAACAAACUCUUCUGCUCUUUUACAAUGAAAUCGAAUAUUUUUUACUUGAUUUUAGUCGUGGCAGGAAAUUGUCAAUUGGCGAAUUUCAACUGCCAAAUUGCAGACAAUGUAAAAAAUGUGGGCAGCAAAAAAUCUAAAGUUCCUUCCAAAAAAAAGGCCUCAAAGAAAUUGUCUCUAGAAGAGGAAGAGCAUUUAAUUUUGACCGUCCAACAAAGAAAACCUCUGUGGAACAUUAGUCAACCGGUAGACCAGAGGUCUAGGGAAACUUGGAAACGACUCUGGCAAGAAGUUGCUAAUGAAUUGAAUGGUGUACUCGAUGUAGCUGCUGUACAGCAGAAAUUUAAAUCAUUACGCGAUACAUAUUGCAAAAUUGUCCAGUCAGAGCAGUACCUUCCAAGUGGAUCUGGGAGGAAUGAAAAUGAGGAUCGUCACAAGUGGAAGCAUUAUGACAUAAUGGAAUUUCUUCGUGAUACCAGUCUAUCAAAGGACACAUCGAGUAAUAUUCCUAACACAGAGAACGAGUUAAAUAAUUCGGCGGAGUCAACUUUUGGAAUUCAAAGUUUGAUUGACAUAGAUCCAGAUGACAGUAAUAGCACAAAAACACCAGUAAGCUUACCAAGUACUUCUACGAGUACAAAAAGGCGAAGACUCAAUACAAAUUCCAGUAGCGCUAGCGAUAUAUUAGCUGCUUCUACGAAUCCGUUGGAUAAAUUAAUCCAAAUUUUUGAAAGACGAGAAAACGCGCUAAAUGUACCACCAAAUACAAAUGAUCUACUCGAUGAAGUGGAUCAUGUUACAAACAGCAGCAAUACAGUUGCGCAAAAUAGCGCCUAAACUACAAAUGCAAACUCUACAAGAUAUUGUUCAA